AUGGCUGCCACCACUCGAUCAGCGUCACUUCGGCCCCAGGACUGCUCUGAAUCUCUCAGACAUCGCCGGCAGCGUAUCGAUUCCCAGUCGCAGAAGCCAAAAGCGAUGGAGGCUGAGCCAAAGCCCGGUGCCGCCCCGAAGGAGAAUGCCAGUCUCCAAAAAGGCUACAUCCGCAUCAUCAUCACAAACUGCGUUGCGACAGACGAGACUGCCUCCACGUUGUUGGACCAGCUGCAGGCUCUGGAACCGCUGGUCGCCAAAGGUUCUUCCUGUAGAACUUUCAAGGGCAACAGCGAAAAGAUACUCAUCGAGGCAGCCAUAUGCUGCGAGAUCACCGCGGCAACUAUGGGCGACUUUGAGACCAUGAUUCAAAAUGUUUUGCCGGAAUCCAGCUACGAGAUCCACGUCCGCCCCCUGGGAGGCCCCCCUUUCCUUCCCUAUGUCUAG